AUGCUUAUGGACGUUGCAAGCCAAGCGAUCACUGUCCACACCCUGUCUAAGUAUCGUGUGGAUAUCGCUGAUACGGCUAAUACCUCGCUUGUCGGAAGUACGUCUUCCUCACUUUGGGUCUCGAGCAAUUAUCCUGGUUCAGAGCAGAGAUACUGGCUAUAUCACUGUGGUGCUUCGAAUAACUCGGGACGAAAUGGCGUAGCGAUUGUCAUGUCUGACAAGGCCCAUUCCGCUUUGAUUGAGUGGAAACCGGUAAACGACCGUAUGGCUUAUGUUUUAAGGGUAAGUUCUGCAAUAUCUCGGUCAUGA